AGAACGUCAUGACGUGGGUUCGACGGUUGACGCUCCCGUGGGGGUUGUUGGUCUCCUGCCUGCCGUCUCCUCCUCCGAUACACGCUGCCGGUAACAAAGGAGACAACAACGUCGGGAUGGUGUGUGUCAGAGUAUCAAAAACAACCUGAGCCCGUUCGCUUUUACGUCGUGGAGCAUUUUUGUCUUAACAGCAUAUUUAACGACUGUCUUUUUUCCCCACCUCUUUCUUUCUGCGGGGCGAGUUACGUUCAAAGUAACGUCACAUUAACGUCGCCGCGCUCGGUUAUUUUUCCUCGUUUUUAUCUUUAUUUUUUCCCUCGCCGAGCACGUGGGACUGACAACACCAGAGCCGAAUAACCGACGUGGAAGGACCCGACAUGCCCCGAACAACAUUGGUGACGAUGCCACGCUCACAUUGACCUCUGCCCCCGAAAGCCAUAAGAAGAAGAAGAAGAAGAAGCCUCCGGCCGCCAUGUCUGUCCAGGAAACGCUCCAGCGGUCCCCGUCGCCGCGCCCCCCCAAGCCGAGACCGGAUAUCCCUCAAAAACCGCCUCCGAGAACCGGCCCCACUCCCCCGGGAGGGGGCGGCGGCGGCGCGAGGCCCCAGGGGGGGAAGGUCAGGGUGAUUGUGGAGAAGUUUAGCGAAGUGGAUCUGAGAGAAGCACCGGUGGAGCGGCUCGCCAAUGGCGCCGCGCAACCGCCGCUGACAAAACGCUCCAAGAGGUCGCCCACGGUGAAGCCCAGGCGCCCCAGCCUGCAGCCGCCGGUGGGAGCGCCCCCGCUGCCCGUGAAGAGGAAGGCCCUGCAGGCGGAGAAUGACGGGGGAGACGAGGUGGAAGGAGGUCGAUCAGCGCCCGACGGAAAAGAGGUAGAGGUCCGGCUGGUCGGAAGCGGUGAGGCGGAGGUGGAGCACAGUCCUCUCACACCCCUCAGUCCGUGCUGCGAGCCGAGCUGCAGCUGCUUGUGCCACCUGCAGCGGCCCGGGAUGAAACUCAUAUGGGUGCCCGUGGACACGGAUGAUGGCGAGGAGGAGGAGGAGGAGGAGGCCGAGGAGGAGGGGGAGGCGGAGGCGGAGGAGGGAGGAGACAAGGAUGAGGCCGAUGUGGUCGAGCACAGGGGGGAGAACGAGCAGCUUUCGGAGGAGGACGUAGAGGUAACGCUGAGCGGGGGUGAGGACAGCGAGUCGGAGUACCAAUUGGUGCCGGAACUAAAAAAGGAACCGUUCCACCAGAGCUUGGACGUUUUGCACAGCGACGUCGGCAGACGGCUCUCGGACCCGGGCCCCCGCCCCGUCCCCCGCGUUCCCAACGUCCGCGGCUCGCCCCCUGUUCCCCCGAAGCGGAAUGUGUUGCCCCAAGUCCGCGGCCCGUCCGCUCAGAAGGAAGAGGAGGACAUCUACGAGGACAACAUCUACGAGGCCACGCUCCCCCAACCCCCUGCCAGCAAGGCCGCCGUGGCGUGUAAGGAGCUACCUACGCCGCCCCGCCGGUCCGACCUGUCCUCCAGCAACUCGGACCCGACCUGCGAGUUCCAGGGGGGCGCGGGCGACAUGCCGCCCGCCGUGCCGCCGAGGAUGCCCCGGGUGCUGGACGGGCCGGUGCACGGGGGCAUCCUGCUGCCCCAGCCCAUGCUGGAGGAGUGGCGCAACCUGCGGCACUUUCCCACCAGCGGGCCAAGCCCCCAGACGGCCCCCCCGCCUCCACCACCCAAGACGGAUCCCAGGAAGGGCAGCAUCAUAUCAUUGCAGCCGCCGACGCGGAAAAAAGAGGGAGAGAAGAAUGGAGGGAAUGAAGGAGAGAAGGAGGACGCAGCCGAAGAAUCGCGUCCUGUCAGGAUCGGCUCCCUCAGGAGGAUGUCUUCGCUCAGCUGGGAGUCCCGGCUGCAGGAUGAGCCUCUGUACCAGACGUACCGCGCCACCGUCAUCACCAAGGAGAUCCGACGGCAGACGGUGUGCCGCAACAUCAGUAAAGCCAGCGUGGACUACGCCAUGGACUGGACGAUGCGUCGCCCCGGAAAGGGGACCGCCGGCGGGUCACCGAAGGGCGUCUCCACGCCCGUGCAGAGCCAGAGCACCCUGUGGCAGGACCUCCGGGCCGUGCAGGAGGCGGGGGUGCUGGAGCAGCUCACCCCCGAGCAGUGCAAGUACCAGGAGAGUAUGUUUGAGGUUUUGACAUCCGAGACCUCUUACCUUCGAUCCCUGCGGGUUCUGACCGAACACUUUCUGAGCAGCCGGGAGCUGGAGGAGACGAUGAUCAUCAGAGACAAGAAAACGCUGUUCUCCAACAUCCUGAAGAUCCGAGAGGUCAGCGAGAGGUUCUUGAAGGACCUGGAGGAACACAUAUUCAAGGAACUGGUCUUUCCGGACAUCUGCGACAUCAUCAACUACCACGCCCAGCACCACUUCCCGGCCUACAUCGACUACGUCCGCAACCAGAUCUACCAGGAUAAGACCUACAGCUAUCUCUUGAAGAACAACACACAGUUCGCCACGGUCAUCACUCGUCUCCAGGAGUCGCCUCAAUGCCAGCGGCUUCCCUUCAUGUCCUUCCUCCUGCUGCCCUUCCAGCGGAUAACCCGCAUCAAAAUGCUGCUGGAGAACAUCCUGAGGAGAACAAAGGAGAAGACGGAUGAGGAGCAGACGGCCUUGAAGGCUUUGAAUUCGGUGUCGAAGAUCAUCGACGAGUGCAACACAGAGGUGGGAAAGAUGAGACAGGUGGAGGAGCUAUACCAUGUCUCUAAAACACUGGAGUUUGACAAGCUCAAGGGCGUCCCGAUCAUCUCCCAGACGCGAUACCUGGAGAAGAAAGGGGAGCUGCAGGAAAUGUCCAGAGCGGGAACCAUCUUCAACAUGAGGCCAAAGUUCAACACCGUCUACCUCUUCCUCUUCAAUGACCUGCUCAUCAUCGCUGUUAAGAAAGGCCCGGAGCGCUUUGUGGUCCUGGACUACGCCCACCGCUCUCUUGUGCAGGCGCAUUCCACGGGUGAGAGCGGGGUCCCCGUAAGCUCCUUAGAGCACUGCUUCUGCCUCACCCUGCUGGAGAACCACCAGGGACGCAUGGUGGAGAGGCUGCUCAGAGCUCCCUCCCAGUCAGACAUGCACAGGUGGAUGGCGGCUUUCCCAAAUCCGACCAACCCGGACCAAUACGAAGAAGAAGUGGUUUAUGAGGACUGGGGUGAGGACACACACACACACCUCCCCACCCCGAAUAGGGGCUGGUUCCCCGCAGCCAACGUCAUGGAGAUCACCAACGAGCAUGUGAGGCGGCGAAACCUCCGGGAGCGCUACCGGGUCAUGCAGGCGGCGACCAUGGUCGCCGGCACCAAGGGAAACACCUUGCAUAAGGACUCGAAGAUCAAGGAUGUUUAA